AUGGUGCAGUGUCAUCCACCGUUGGAACUGGAAGAAUUGCCAAAAGAAGACGAAGAAAGAUUAGAAACAUUAUUUUCUAAAUUAGAUACUGAUGGGAAUGGUAAAAUUGACAUCCAUGAUUUGUCCGUUGCACUAAAGGAGUUGGCCCCGCACAUCAAUCGUAGCUAUGCAGAGAAAUUUCUGGCGAAAUCGGGAUGGAAGGAGGCGGGAGAUGUUACAUUAUCAGAGUUCAUUCACUAUGUGCGUGAGCAUGAAAAAAAUCUUAGGCUGCAGUUUUCUCAUCUUGACAAAAAUAAAGAUGGAAAAGUUGAUCUGGAAGAACUCAUAUCGGCAUUUGCAGAUCUGGGAAUAGCAAUUGGGAGGAAUGAGGCAACAAACCUUUUAAAGAGGAUGGACCAGGAUGGCAGUCUUAACAUUAGUUACGAUGAGUGGCGAGACUACUUACUGCUUGCGCCAGCGACCGAUAUACACGCUCUCAUACAUUUCUGGAGACAUUCCACGUAUUUGGACAUCGGAGAGGACAUGAAUAUCCCUGAUGAUUUUACACAAAGUGAACUUCAGACUGGAAAGUGGUGGAGGCACUUACUAGCCGGAGGCAUCGCCGGCGCCGUCAGUCGGACUUGCACCGCACCGCUGGACCGACUAAAAGUAUUUCUACAGGUCAAUCCAACGAGAGAACAUAUGGCCAAAUGUUUAGCAAGAAUGAUAAGCGAAGGUGGCAUAACUGGUCUAUGGCGAGGCAACGGUAUAAAUGUAAUUAAAAUAGCUCCGGAGUCUGCACUAAAGUUUGCGGCAUAUGAACAAGUGAAACGUUUAAUAAAAGGGGAAAAGAAGAAUCAUCCGUUGGAGAUACACGAACGGUUCGUCGCCGGUGCGACAGCCGGAGCGAUUAGUCAAACUGUGAUCUACCCACUAGAGGUGCUAAAGACAAGAUUAGCUUUAAGGAAAACUGGACAGUAUAAAGGCAUCGUGGAUGCCGCGAAAAAGAUAUAUGCAAGGGAGGGACUGAAGUGUUUCUACAAAGGUUACAUUCCAAAUAUACUGGGGAUCGUGCCGUAUGCUGGCAUCGACCUCGCUGUUUACGAGACUCUUAAGAAGAAAUACAUUAGCAAAUACCAAGCACAUAAUGAACAGCCAGGCAUGCUUUUACUGCUCGCGUGUGGAAGUACGUCAUGUACUCUUGGACAAGUGUGCUCUUAUCCACUAGCCCUCGUGCGGACCAGGUUGCAGGCGCAAGAGAAAGCGGCUAAAGGCGCAGAGGGGACAAUGCGUGGAGUGUUUCGCGACAUCGUUCAGCGGGAAGGGGUUCGAGGGCUAUACAGGGGAAUUACGCCCAACUUUAUUAAAGUGAUACCUGCGGUCUCAAUUUCCUACGUGGUGUAUGAGUACGCGAGCCGAUCGCUAGGUGUUAACAUGACGUGA